AUGGAAAACCAAUUCCACAACUUCACUCAAGCGUUACUGAAGGAUCAGCAAGGUUACAUCUUCAGUGACUCGUCCUGGAUUUACCCGGACAACGUGUUCGCGUCAGCUUGGCUCGAAAAUAAGAAUGACCAGCUCAUAGCUCCAAACUCAAAAUAUUUUGACUUGCCUGAGAAUGCUGCAUACUGGUGAGGGAUAAAAACACAUAAUGAAGAGACUAAUUUUACUCAUAAAGAGUUGGAAAAUAUCCCCGCAUCGUUAUGAACCAAGAGUAGAGAGGCUACUUCUGAGUUUCAUCUGACCUCUUCUGUGCCUCAUAGCUUGAAGAGAGGAGAUAUCAAGUGCAGAGACUCUCUGAGGUUCCUCAGAAAAUUCUUCCUCAACCUCUACAAGACCCAUAAUAAGCCAAUUAUUAGGAAGAGGUAUGUUAACUGUAGUUCCCAAGAAAUUACAGAGAGUGUAACUUCGACUCUUGCUACAAUGAUCCCUACCUCUCUAGUCACGAAAGAUUUGGUGAACUACACCAAAGGAAUUCUUAACUUAAGGAAUCCUAGGAAACUCAAGUGUCGUCUCCAAAUCAAGCACGAAGUGCUUGAUUUCUUGCAGACAGUUCGGAGCUUCUCCAUGCCUAAGUUCAGGAAGUCCAUGGAGUCAGUAAGCCUGCAAACUUUGGUCAGAUGCUUGGCUGAUCACUCAGAAGAUCCAAGGGCUAAAAAUCUUCACCAUUAUUUCAGCGUGGACAAGAAUUAAUUCAUAAUUAAA